AUGAAUCUUGAAAAAGCAAACUUGAUUAGUUGGUGUCGACACUUGGCUCAAGCUGGAAAUCUAUUUGAGCUUGUGGAUGAGAGACCGAAAGAAGUGUACACUAAGGACCAAGCAAGCUUGUGUAUGAACCUGGCACUCGCUUGUUUACAAAAAAUGCCUGAGUUGCGACUAGACAUAGAGUAUUUUGUUUACAUUUUGAAAGGGGAGGUGGAUCUUCCAUCAGUGUUGUACUUUAAAUCUGUAAAUCUAUGGUUUUGCAAGUGUAACUAUGAGAUUGUGAAUGACGAGCCUCUAGAGAGUGG